AUGCAGCUCGCCGGUGCUGCCCGUCUCUUCGCGAUCCCCUUCCUUAUAGCUGGUGCCGUGGGCAGCAGUAGCGGCGGCGGCGAGCCUGGGGCUGUCGUUGCCCUUCCGUUCGAGGUCCAGUACACUACAAAUCAUGCGUUGCACGCGCGUGAUACUGCCGAUGUCGAGCUGGAAAACUCGUACGUGCGCUACGGCCAGUUCCUGGUGAACAUUUCGAUUGGCAACCCACCACAGCCCAUCACUGUCAAGAUCGAUACCGCGACAGCGGAUUCAUGGUUCUUCGGCAAGGGGUCCUGCAAUGAAAGUCGUGUUGACUGCCUUGGGGGCGAGUUCGACCCGAGCGCAUCUUCUAGUUUCACCAAACUCGGCUACCCCAACUUUCACAUUGAAUAUGUGAGCCCCAAGGACACUGAGGUCGAUGGCGUCUACUUUGCCGAUGAUUUGCGCAUCGGCGACCGCCUGUCUCUCAAGAACGUCACCAUGAUCGAAGCUACCAAAACCCAGGCUCUCACCCGAGCUAUUAUGGGCAUUGGCUUCAGCAACGAUUCGACAUUGGCCCAGGAAGGGCAGUGGUACCCUACCGUCAUGGAUGAGAUGCUAUCACAGGGCAAGAUUGGUCGGCGAGCAUACGGUCUUUAUAUGGGAAGCAAGGAUGCCACUACAGGGACCAUCUUGUUUGGCGGGUACGAUAAAGCAAAGAUUGAAGGCGACCUUGCAACCUUUCCGAUCGUCUCCGGCAACAAUGACUUCGUGGUAGACUUGUUAUCAGUGGGAAUGACGAACAGCUCUGGAACCUACUCGUUCGGUGAUAGCGGUGGAAAUCCAUCAGCCGAAUUUCCAACGACCGCACUUAUUGACGCUGGGGCAUCCUUCCUGAAACUCCCACCAGAUGCAUACGCUGCUUUCAUCAGUGGACUGGGAGGUGCCGUUGACAGCUCAGGCUACGUGGACUGCAACUUUGGUAAAUCGGGUUCCCUUAACUUUGUUUUCGGCAACAGCACUGUAAGCACGGAAAUCCAGGUCCCACUAUAUGACCUGGCCGUGCCAUACAUGUACACAGACGGCACUUAUAAGCUGGACUCCAAUGGCAACAAGAUGUGCAUGUUGGGCGUGGAGGAGAGCUCAAAGAGCUCAAAGCAUUCUAUUGGCGAUACCUUCUUGCGAUCUGCUUACGUGGUGUUUGACAUGGACGAACGCCAGGUGAGCAUCGCGAAACUCAAACACGAUGCGUCUGGAUCUGAAAUCGUGGAGCUUGGCGCCGACGGAAAGAGCACCAAAAUCCCAACGUCAACAAGCUCUGCUUCACCCACAAGCACACCUACCGCCAUGACCACGGCUGCAGCUCCUACAGCAACGACGGGCGGGGCAUCUUCGACUGCACCGAACGGGGCUUCGCAGACUUCACCCAAUGCUGCGCCUAUAUUAAGCCCUGUCACCAAUGUAUUAGGCGCCGUGUUUCUCAUGGUGCUGUUUAGCAUUUGA